GAGAAGAGUUUAGUGUACUUCUGUAUAUUACACACACGACCACAUUAUGUACAGGCUAUAGCUGAUUGAUCAGAGUUGGAGAUUAAAAAAAAAAUGGCUGAUCGAUAUUUUAAGAAUAAUAUGCCGGAUUUCGUGGAUGAAACGCCGGCGGAGACAGGUGUAACAGACGGUGAAGGAGAAGGAGUGGUAGCUCAGGGAAGUGAAGAAUCACUGAUGCGCCUUCUUUCGAUGCCUUAUCACUCCUUUUCUGAGAAACUCAAGCGAGCUGCUUUGGACCUUAAAGAAACGGUGGUGAUUGAGACUUGGGGAUUUAGCAGGCAAGAUGUGCAGGACUUUACUGUUUAUACGGGAACUCUUGGGACGGCCCUUUUGCUGUUUAAAUCGUAUCAAGUUACCAACAAUAGGAAUGAUUUGGAGCUCGCUUUUCAGAUUGUUAAGGCUUGUGACGCUGCUUCUGAAAGGAUUCUUAAGACUUGUGACUCGGCUUCUCCCCACCCUGGGGAUGUGACCUUUUUUGGGCGAGCUGGGGUUUAUGCUUUAGGUGCUGUGAUCUCUAAGCAUAUGAAGGACAGUAAGAUGCUUGAUUACUACUUAACGAAGUUCAAAGAGAUUGAGCUGACAAAAGACCUCCCUGAUGACUUACUGUUUGGGAGAGCAGGGUUCCUCUGGGCAUGUUUAUUUUUAAAUAAGCAUAUAGGCGAGGGUACAAUCCCUUCCGCGCACAUGCGAGUGGUUGCUGAUGAACUUAUUGCAAAAGGGAGGAAAAUGGGUUCCAAAGAUAGUUGCCCGCUAAUGUAUGAGUUCAAGGGUCAGAAGUACUGGGGUACUGCCCAUGGUUUGGCAGGAAUCAUGCACGUCUUAAUGGAUCUAGAACUAAAGCCUGAUGAGCGUGAGGAUGUUAAGGCCACUCUCAAGUACAUGGUUAAUAACAGGUUACCAAGUGGGAACUAUCCUGCAGUUGAUAAAGAUGACAAAGAUGUUCUUGUGCAUUGGUGUCAUGGGGCUCCUGGGAUUGCACUUACACUAGUCAAAGCAGCACAGGUAUUUGGAGAUAAAGAGUUCUUGGAAGCAGCCGUAGACGCGGCAGAGGUUGUGUGGAACCGUGGUCUGCUAAAAAAGGUCGGCAUCUGCCAUGGUAUCAGUGGAAAUACUUAUGUGUUCUUGUCGCUUUACCAGUUGACAAUGAAAAUGGAAUUCCUCUACCGGGCCAAAGCAUUUGCAGCAUUUCUACUCGACAGAGCUCACAAGCUUAUAUCAUCAGGAGAAAUGCAUGGUGGCGACACUCCGUACUCGCUAUACGAAGGACUUGGUGGCAUGGCAUAUCUUUUCCUGGACAUGGUAGAGCCAACUGAGGCAAAGUUUCCAGGCUAUGAACUAUAAGAAGAAAUAGCCAGCAAAUGUAAUGUGUAUACUGAACUUAAGUGUUGUGGUCGUCCUUUUGAAGUUGUAGUGUUCUGCUUGUAGCUUUUGAAUACAACUGAAUGUGUUUAAGGCUUUUGAACUCAGCUGGAUGUUUUAUGUAUAACAACUUUUUCUGAA